ACCGAAAUGGUGAGAUAAUAUUGCGUCUCUACACUCUAGAGCCCUGCAUGAUCCUCCUGUCAAGUUCAGCUUAUACACAGCGGCGCGCAUUGACUAUUGAGUAACAACUACAAGCACCGGCCCAUCGCUCUGUCAGUGGGCUCUUUCCCCAUACCUUUGCAAACCCAUCGAUUGACAACAGAGAAUUCGCUGCGUAUCUGCAAACUUCCUUGCUAUCUUACAUUAUCGGCCUGGAAAAAUGGAUUCCAAGCGCGAUCCGGAAUUGGGUGAGCAUUUGUCGGACGCUACCAGAGAAGAUGCACACACCCGAUCUUCCUGGGCUCGCAAGAAGAGCCACCUGCUCCUGACGCUUGUACUCGCAUGUUUCCUGAUUGCUUUUGGUAAUACUCGCGUGAUUACGGCUAGGAAAUGCAGCUCAUCACCUAGCCUUGAGCAAAGGGUGGACAAGAUCUUAACGGAAACACCUCUGAUAGAUGGCCACGAUGAUCUUCCAAUCUUCAUCCGGGAACGUUUCCAAAAUCACAUCUACGAUGAUGCAUUCAAGGUGCCAUUUACUAAAGGCGACUUGGCCGGCCAUGUUGAUCUACCCCGACUGGCAAAGGGGAAGGUGGGCGGCACUUUCUGGAGCGUCUUUGUGCAAUGUCCCGCCGACGGAACCGAUCUCUCCGACGCGAAUUAUGCCACUAGUGUACGCCAGACCACCGAGCAGGUGGACGUGAUGUUGCGUCUACAACAAGCUUACCCCAACACUUUCUCCACGCCUCCGAAUGGCACGACCGCUCUUCAAGCCUUCCAUGAGGGGAAGAUCAUCUCCCCGCUUGGAAUGGAAGGGCUCCAUUCAAUCGGUAACUCGUUAGCCCAAUUGCGAGAAUUCCACGCGCGUGGUGUUGCGUAUGCCACUCUGACCCACAACUGUCACAAUCGGUAUGCCGAUGCCGCCCUUGUUGAGAUUCCGGGGGGUAUCAAGAAAGCGGAUCCUCUUUGGCACGGAGUAAGCGAAGCGGGUAAGACCCUCGUUCAAGAGAUGAAUCGGCUUGGGAUGAUUGUCGACUUGUCCCAUGUGAGCACGGACACGAUGCGUGACGUUCUAGGUGCUGGUAAAGAUGAGUGGGCCGGCAGCCGCGCGCCAGUUAUUUUCAGCCACAGCUCUGCAUAUGCUGUCUGUCCCCAUCCACGAAAUGUCCCCGACGAUAUCUUGGGGCUGGUCAAAACAAGCCGGUCGCUUGUCAUGGUCAAUUUUUCACCAGACUUCAUUUCAUGUAGGGCGUCGGAGGAUCCCAACGGACUCCCGCAUUUCGAGCCUGAGGAUGCCACCCUGGAACACGUUGUGGACCAUAUCAUGCACAUUGCUGAGCUUAUCGGCUUUGACCAUGUUGGAUUGGGCAGCGACUUCGACGGCAUCCCCACGGUACCCAGAGGCCUUGAGGAUGUGUCCAAAUAUCCGGCUUUAAUCCGGGAGUUGUUGAGGCGAGGUGUGAGCGAUGAGGAUGCAGGAAAAGUAGCUGGGGGCAAUUUGCUGCGAGUAUGGAAGGAAGUUGAUGACGUUGCGCUUCAAAUGCAGGCCGGCGGAGCCCUUCCUGCUGAAGAUGACCUGCCUCAUGCCUGAGCCCAACCUGUCAAAUAUUUCGACGCGUAUAUGACGCCUCCGAGUGGACCCGGAGCUAUGCCAUACUGGACAAACCUGGUGACAUCUGAUCCCACCUCCGCGACCAUAUCUUAUCUAUAGAUACUUCCAUGACGUAUCAUCAAGGCUUUUACUACACUAAAACGCUCAGUUGGAUCUAU